UAUUUCACCGAGCAACCAAAGAGUUAUUUGGCAUUCAUCUAUUGACUGUAGAGUCUUCUUCCUUCCAUUCCCAAACAAGAAGUAGGCGUUAAGCAAGAUCAACAGUCUUGUUUUCCUAAGGUCGGCACUUCACCAAGUUUUUUUCUUUGGAUUUUUUAGAAGGGCUUGCAUUUUUUCUGUUUCAUUCAACUGAACAAUGGAGACACCAUAUUCUGGGACAACAAUGGCAGAAAUUCCAGCAUUAGUCUCUCAAAACAUUGCCUCAAGCCCAAGUAAUUCCUCAGGAAAAGAAUCUGUUUUUGCAAGUGGUCGCCAAGUCCUUCUAGACAUGACAAAUGAUUCUCCCAAUUCUGGACUUGACAGAGUUAAUGGCAUAGAAACCCCUGCUUCAAAAAUCAAGUGCCACCCUCACUCUGAAUCUGUGCAGACACCUGGACCAGGUGAGGCAUUGCUGCAUCACGAUGCAAAAUCAAUUGUGCAAAGGGUUGAAUCAAACUGCAUUAAGCCUGGUUUCAGCCUGCGAACCCCCCUGUCCCAUAUUGAUGGAUACCAAGCCUCUCCAAGCAGACUGUUGGCCCCCACACCUGCAAAUACCCCUGAAUCUGCUACUACAACUCAUGUAGCAAACAACAGCUCACUUUCAAGGAAACUGGAUCAGACCAUUGGACUUUCUAAAGAUUUGGGUGUAUCUUCUCUGCGACCAGAGUUCAAAGAUGAGUCUUCAGGGUCCUUGUCAAACACUCCACUUGCAGAUAAGGGCAGAGAAGCUUCGUUUUCAUCUCCAAUCUCAGUUGAUGAAGCUCGCGAAGAGAACAAGGUGGAGGAGCAAGGUAAUAACUAUCAUGAAACAGAGAACAUUGAGGAUGGAAAUGAAUAUAAUGAGCAGGAAGAGGGUGAGACUAUUGAAGAUGAUGAAUGUGAAGAACUCUGUCAGGGAUUGAACAAGGUAUCAGUUCAUGACAAUGGUGGUCCUUUGGAAGGGAUUCCUGCAUUUGCAGGGAAACAUACUCGCUUUGUCUACAACAGUGACGAUGAGAUUGAAGGAGAAGAAGUAGCAUCGGCCGCGCCUUCUCCAAGUGUGGUACAUUUGAGGGGAAUGCCCUCUCCCAAGGGAAAACAUCUCCGUUUUGAAGAAGAUUAUGAUGCUGAAAAAGCCUCAAAUUGAUUAUUUCCUAGGCUUAAUUGAUAUUAUCCUGCUUUCUCCACAAUUGCACUACUGCAACAGCAAUUUACAGUUCAAUUUUGAAAUGAUGUUUGGAAUUGCUCAUGGAAAUUGAGCUCACCUAUAUUUUUUGGUGUCUUCUUGGCACAUUAAUAGAGGCUUUCUGGUCACAUUUCCUUCAGGAAAUGUAGUUUGUUAUUUAUUUUUUAACAUUGCUCUUGACAAUAUUCAGGGAUUCAUGAUACAAAAAUUUCCAGGUCACACUUCCUUCAGGAAAUGCAGUAUGUUUAUCUAUUUUUUAACAUUGCUCUUGAAAAUAUUCAAGGAUUCAUGUCACAAAAAUUUUCAUUUCAAAGUACGUCAUGGAUAUUUCAUUUCAUUA